UUUCACUGACCGACGCUCUACUCGGACUCGACGAGGACGAGGACAAGAUGGCCACAUCCGCCGAGGCCGCUGCUCAGCUCAUCUACGGACCCAAUGUACAUGCAAACUCAUCGCUUGUGACCAUAAAGUUUCUUUCUUCCUGCUUUUCCGGCGCCGUCGCCGGUAUUCUUGGCCUCGAAAAUUGGGUCGGCUUCGCCCUGUUCCUCGUAUCAACUCUGUUCACGUCCUUGUGCAUUCACACCAUCAAUUGCCGGGGGAAUCCAGCCAAGUAUAUGCCUCGAGGCGUGGCAGACCUCGUGAACCCCGGGCAGGAUAACGCCUUUACCUUCGUGCUUGUGUGGACUCUAUUCUAUGGCAUCGUCCACGUGUACGACUAAAGUACCGAUAUCCCCAGUCUCCAUCAGGAACUUCUUCGUUCCGCACCAAUUUCG